AUGCCGUAUGAUGGGUUGCCAACUGGCAUUGAACCUCAGGGUUUCACUGAACAACAGGAGAACAGCAAGUCGAAAUCAGAUACUGGAGCAAAAUCUGGAGACUGUUACAGUGAUGGCCCCAAACCCUGUCCACGGCUACCAGUCGAACUCAUGAGCCAGAUAUAUGGUUGCACAUUCUCUCCCUAUCUCAAUGCCGCCAUUCACAACCGCGAUUUCACUCUGAUCAAAACCGAAUCUGGAUUUCACACUUUGGCCGAGACCGACUGCAAAGAAGCAAUGGACUUCAUGCUGGUCAACACAGAGCACAACGAGAAGUUCAGUGCUUAUCUGAACAGGCACGCUCCCGUGCAUGUUUCACUGGUCACCAAAUUGACCCCGGUCGAUGACUCUUCCUUCCAUCUCACCAUCAGAAGCGUUGACAACAUACUCCCUACAAUGGCAAGACAGCUUUACAUCAGUACCGAGAUCGAAACUCCAGACGAAUCCUUUGCCAACCCGGAAGACACAUCCAAGUUUGAGUGGGAAGGUGAUGUUCUCACGCCAUGGCCAGUAGAUAGCCUGGCUGAGGAGGAUAUCAUGGCGAAUGAGAUCUUUGCUCAGGCCUUCAGAAAGCACCUCGGCAAGGAACUUCCAGAAGAUGUAUGCAUGACGGUCACUCAUUCAGAGGAAGAGGAGAGCAUCGUGCAGCAGGUGGACAGACGCACUCAGUUCGACAUCACAACCUCACCUACUUUUGUCGAACUCAAGAAGCGCCUGCAAGGUUGCGUCGACACAGAAGACAUUUUCCUGGUUUUCGACAACGUCGGAGGAGGGUCGCUAUCCGGUGAGGACGAAUCUGGGGGCGAGUUCGACGGUAUGGUUUUCAAAGAGCUGGUUACGGCUGUGGAGCAGAUUGCGCGAGUGAAGCGGUACGCUGUCCACGUCGGACGCUAUGGGAUGUUUGCGUCCCGCAAAGCUGGUCACAUGUGGAUCAGCCCCGAGGUGCUGCGCAUCGAUCGCGAUGUGCCAUGGUGGAGAUUCAACGAGGAGUAUUACGAGCUUCUCAGGGACUUGCAUAUCCAGUGA